CAUUCCGAAACAGUGAGCGGGUGGAGGGUUUGCUAACUCGAGAGAGACACUCGCCUCCCUCUGGCGUUCCCUGCUCUGCUUUCCUUCAGUGUGGAGAUGGGGUGCAGGCACCCAAACCAGGGCAGUGGAGGGCGCCCCGGGGAGCAGGCGGGGAGGCGGCCGUGUGAGCCGGCCGCCACCCUGGACCUGGGUCCCUGACCCGCCCACCCCAGGCCUCUGUGACCUGAAAUGGAGAACUUUGAGUACAGCGUCCAGCUGAGUGACCAGGACUGGGCCGAGUUCUCGGCUGCCGCUGACGAGUGUGGCCUCCUGCAGGCUAGCCUGGCCUCUGGGGAUGAACUCCUGUCCAGUGACAUUGACCAAGGGGACAGCAGUGGCGGCAGCCCCCCAGGGCCCCCAGCCCUCCCUGGGCAGCCUGCUCGGGGGGGGUGGGGCUGGCCAGGCCGUGAGGAGGAGGAGUGCCUGGACGCCCGGCCGUGGGCCAGCAGGUGGCCAUGUGAGCCCGUCCUGGCCCUUGGGGCCAGUCAGCAGACGCCCGGCACGUCCACACGGUCAGGAGCCCAGCGGCCCCUCAGCUUCUGCCCCCCCAGCCAGUCGGUGUCCAUCUCAGGCUCGGCGUCUUCCAGAGACGACAUGCAGAGGCUUCUGCAGGGGCCAGCUGCCGGGGGACCUACCUCUAGCCCAGCUGGCGAGCUCCCUCCAUGCCCCGAGCCCCCCGGCCACAGCGCCUCCACCCAGGGGCCCCCCAGCAGCCCUGGGGCCCCGAGGAGCCCCGGCAGGAAGAAAAAGCUCACAGCAGGGGCCAAGAAGGCUUGGCGGGCAGGAGCUCCGGCCCCUGUGCCCCCUCAGCCGGGCUCUCCGCUGCUCCUGGAGGCCAGGCCUGGGGAGGGCCCCUGCCCGGCUGAGUCUAGGAUCCCACUUGCAGCUGCCCUCCUGGGGAAGGGUCUUGCAGGAGCAGCGGCAGAGCUGAAGGCAGGAGCCAGGCUGAAUGAGCUGGGGCCAGACUCGGCCCAAGCCCCCGACCCUAUGCAGGUGCCCCAGCAAGAUCUGUCUACACCUGCCCCCAUGACUGAGCAAGGCAGAGAUGUGGAAGGGGUGCCCCCCAGAGCUGAGCUACACACAGUCUCUACACCUGCUCAGGAGGCUCAACCCAAGGUGGCUCUGUCUACACCCAGCUCCAAGCCUCAACCUGUGGUUGCUCUGUCUACAUUGAACUCCAAGCCUGAUCCGGACCUGGCUCUGCCUACACCUGGCUCCAAGACUAAUCCAGACGUUGGUCUGUCUACACCUGGCUCCAAGCUUCAAACUGAGGUUGCUCUGUCUACAUCAAACUCUAAGCCUAAUCCAGACGUAGGUCUGUCUACACCCAGCUCCAAGCCUGAUCCAGACCUAGCUCCAUCUACAUCCAUCUCUAAGCCUAAUCCCGACCUAGCACCGUCUACCUCCGGCUCCAAGCCUCAAUCCGAGCUUGCUCCAUCUACACCCAGCUCCAAGCUUAAUCUGGACAUGGCCCUGUCUACACCCAUCUCAAUGGACAAGCCAGAAGUGGAUUCUACUGUGCCUGUCUUAGUGGCAAUCCCACACAAGAAUGUGCCUCACCCUGCUUCCCAGGCCCUGCCGGAUUUGGGGGUGUCCACACCUGGUCCCAGAGUUGCAGUGGCUGCCCCUUGCUGGCCCUCCAUUCCCCGGGCUGCACCUGACGUGGGAGGGCCUGAACCUGCCCGGACGGCCGAGCUGGCUCCGAGCCCUGUUAGGUCUUCACAGGGGCACCAAGCAGAGCCCCAAGCGGAGCCCCCCGCUGGCCCCGCCCAAGUCCCCAGGAAAAAGAAAGUUCGCUUCUCUGUGGCGGAGCCCAGCCCCGAGGAGCCAGGGCCAGGAGAGGCCCAGGGCCCACCCUUGCCAGCCGCAGUCCAGCCUUUGGCCCCCAGGACAGCCGUGGGGGGCCGCGGAGGGCCCGGGGCCUGGGAUGCCGUGGCUGUUGCACCCUGGACCCUGCAGCCCCGGGUCCACGGGCAGCUGCCUCCCCCCGCCUCCUCGUCCUUGAGGGGCUCCAGGCCAGGGAGCAGCUUUGCACUGACCGUCCCUGAGGUCUAUGACUUUUUGUUUUGUGACACCAUUGAAGAGGAGGCCGAAGACGCCGAGGAGGCGGCAGCCCAUCAGGCCCUGGCCGAUGUCCAGUGGCCGGACACCUGUGAGUUCUUCUUCUGGGACUGCCAGGCCCAGAGGUCAAGGCCACGAGGGGGCUGCUCCCAGGACCCAGCCCCUCUGCCUGGGGACGCCGUGCCCAUCUCCAUCCCCGAGGCUUACGAACACUUCUUUGGGGAGGAGGGGUGGUCAGGGGAGCUGGAGCCGGCUGCCCUUCGCCAGCUGCAGGCUGUGGAGCCCUCCCCGUCGGGCCCCCAGCACGUCGGGCCUGGUGUUGAGCCCAGUCCAGCCGCAGCACAGGAGCCCGGCCCGGCAGUCAGGUGGGCAGGAGGGCCCCGGGGUCCCCUCCCCUCCUUCACCUUCAGCCAGAAUGACAUGUGUCUGGUGUUUGUGGCCUUUGCUACCUGGGCAGUGAGAACGUCAGACCUGCACGCCCCAGAUGCCUGGAAAACAGUCCUGCUGGCCAACAUCGGAACCAUCUCGGCCAUCCGAUACUUCCGCCGGCAGGUGGAGGGGGGACGCCCCGGCCCCGGCCCCAGCUCCUAGGAGCCGGGCUCCACCCAGAGUGACGGCCGCAUGCGGAGCUGGCUGCGUGGACCCGGGACGAGUGCACUGCCUUCCAGACUCACCCCUGGACCCCUGCCUCCCUGCAGGGCCAGUGUCCUGGGUCCUGGUUCCCUCCAACUCCAAGGGCCCAGCCAGUGACCUAAGCCAAGGCCACCCCCUUGGGAGUGAGGGUUCUGGAGGUGUGGGCAGGUCAGGACUGAGCAGGGAGCUAGUUAGUAGGGUUGCCAGAUUUAGCAAAUUAAAUUUCAGGGCGCCUAGUUAAAUUCGAAUUUCAGACGUGCAACAUUUGGGGCACACUUACGCUAAGAAAUUACUUGCUAUCUAAAAUCAAAUUAAAUGGGCAUCCUGUAUUUUACCCAGCAGCCCUAGUUAGGGGCUUUGGGAUUAGGGGGUCAGAAGAGGAGCAAGCUGUUGGAGAGCUGGGCAGAGGGGGUGGGCUCAAGGCCCGGGGGCAGGAGGCAGGGGUUGGCGAAGAUCUCUGAGGCUCUCAGACCCCUGAGCCCCAAGAGGCCACGGCCAAGGCCGGCUCACAAAGGCCGCCUCGGCAACCCGCCUGCGGCAGUGAGCAGGUGCCCUGGAGGCCACGAGGGGCCAGCAGCCCCCACAGGGCCAGGGCAUGGGGGGCAGAGUCUUGUGCGCCCCGCUGCAGGGCCCUGGGUGGAAGGAGCAGGGGUGGAGGGCUGGGGCAUGUGGGGCGACCCCGGAGGCUGCCCAUGGGGUGGCUGUCUGGUGGCAGGGGGC